AAGAACUUUCUUUGAGUGCACCUUGUCUAUGAUAUACACCUACUUGGGGCAGAGGCUUCUGGUGGAGGGCAUUAAGCUAUGGCAGCUUCAAGUCUCCCAAAUUUGGGGUUGGAGCAUUUUGUGGAGGGCAUUCGGCUAUGGCAGCUUCAGGUAUUUCACUAAAAGGGAGGAUCUGUUGGUCUCGGCUGAGGAUGCCACUGUCGAGAGCGGUGCCAGCGGAGGAAGCAAAGACUGGUACGAGACGUGUGAGGAAGAUGAUGACCCGAUGGUUUUGGAUGACAGCAGCGGGAACAGCAGCCUGGAAUGCUUUUGUCAAGAAGAACCGACAAUGCAAUAAAAAUAACUGGAAUUCUACCUUGAGACGUCAUUAUGCCGCACUUGAAAAGUUUAAAGGCAAGUUAGUGCAGAAAGAUCUAAAGCAUCCUCUGAGUUUAUUGAUUAUGCUGAGCCUCUUCCUUUCCAAUCCAUGAAAUUGCCGCAGUAGCCACAUAUCUAAUUGCUGCAUUAUUCUCCAAUUUUACUGCCAGUAGUGCAUUGUGUAGCACCUCCCAUGAAACAUUGGAGGAUAUUCUGGUGAUUGACUGCUCGCUGCUUGAGAAGGGCAAUAGAUUGAUGGCAGAUCCACGUUCAGAUACAAUAACUAGGCAACCUCUAACUAAAUACUGAAGUUUGGAAAAUGAUAUAAUUGGUUAAAUUAAUUUGCAUCACUUAAUAAAAUAUACGUAGUAUAUACAUAAUACCUGUAACAAGAUCAUUCUUUGUUGAACAAGUUUUUAUGCAAACAUGUAUUACAUAUUUUGUUUACCAACAAUCUCAAAAUUAUAAUUCCAAAAAACUAUUCUACAAUUUGUACUUCACCUAUAGUACUCCACAUAUAAGGAUGAUCAUGUUUUAAUUCAGUGAAAACCGUUUCUUAAGGAUAAUUAUCUUCUAUGUUUCUCGGUAUCUACUAAACAAUAACUUUUGGUUUCUAUUUUCGUGUAGAAAUUUUCAUUACACCAAGCUAAGCUUUUAAGUUAUUUUGGAAAAAAUGUGCUGCAGAAACACACAAUGCUUUAGGGGUGGGGUUUAGGAUUAUUAAUACCUAUAUAUUUUUACCAUGCAACUAUAUCCUCACUGGACACGACAAGUUUGAAAUAGUUUCUGUAAAAAAUGUAUUCAAAUGGCCCAUCUUCUACAAUUUUGAAAUCAUGUGAAUGUUUUUACCCAUUUUGUACUCUACAGUAAUCAUAUGGACAAUGAUGCAUUUGCAUGAGCUAAAUAUAAUAGAUUAAAUUACAUCCCUCUUCUUAAUCUGACACGCAUUCUUGUGUGUCAUUCUUGAUUUGUGAAUGUUUAUUUAGUAUUUCUUUAUUCUACAUCAAUCGAUAAAUUCAUUGUUUAUAACUUGAAAGUGAUUUACAUUCCUGGUUAUCAUGAUUUUCAACAUGUUUUGUAUUAUUAUGAACUAUGAGACCUUUCUGAAGUUCCAUGUAUUUGCUAUUUUUUUGGAACUGGCCAGAAAUGAGAGACAGUUUAUAGUUGUAUACCAGAGGUGAACUUUGCAAAGGAAUCGAUAUACAAUAUCAUCUGGUUUUCUAUAUUCAAGCAUUUGUUCGAGAUGUAGCUGAGAAGAUUUUCUCUCUGAAUUGACAUGAUGUGGACAAUUAAAAUGGUAAGUAGGCUACUGGGCUGAAUGUUGUUUUGUUAACAAUUUUAUGGAAAAAUCAUCUCAUGGUCUAAUGUCCAUUCCUUGUUGUACACCUCUUUGGGCAAGAUAUCUGCAUCAUUUUAAUAGGAAUUGUUUCAUGCUGCUUAGGACUAUGUUUUUGUUGCGUGCUUAACUGGGCGGGAGUACUGCUGAGAAAAUCUAUUUGAUUUUAUAUAAUGAUAGAUGAUGAAUGAUUACUCAAUGUCUUGAAUCCUGAUAGACGACUACUCGCUAGAAGAUAUGAAAGGGACAAAAGAGGUAAAGUUUCCAAAAUUAGUUGAUGGGAAGUUGUCUCAAGAGCAAAGAGAAGAGUUCUAUGGAAAGAUGGAAGUUGUAAUUUUGGUUGUGGAUGUGUAUUCAUCAGAAUAUAAUGAAUUUGAUUGCGAAGGUGUAAUCAUUUCUCCAGAAAGGCAUGUCUUGAAUGACAUGUUCAUGAAUAACGUUCAAACUAGAGUUCAAAUCGUUACUGCCAAUAAAGAAAGAUAUGCUUGCACUGUUUUGGCAUUGGAUCCCACUUAUGGCUUAGCCAUUCUGAAAAUUGGUGUAUCAAACUCGACCGCACUCGCGUUUCCUUAUGCUAUGAUUUCUGACCGGGAUGAUCUCAGAAUUGGUGAAGAAAUUUACCCUAUUGGCCUUCCAGGGUAUUUGUUCAAUUCUUUUCCAAUUGGGCACAUUUCAUAUAGAAGCUUUGGCGAAGUACUAAAAUUGUUGAAAAAUCCCUUAAAAAAGUU